AUGGCAGAUCGAUUAAAAAGGAAACCAAAGAUAUGUUCAUUAUUUUUACUUAAGCUAAAGUAAAAUUUAUCAUUCAUAACCUUUUAGUUACUAGAACGUUCAUACAGAAAAGUUUUGGAAGGAAAAUAUAAAAAAGUUUGAAGAAAAUGAUUUUUUACUAAUAAGGUAUGUAAAUGUUUUGAGAUGAUAGAAAAUUGUCUGAUAUGUUAAAAUCAAAUAAUAAUUAGAAUGUGGUAAUAGCAUGUUAUGAUUUGAGAGAGUUUUGUAGAUUCCAUCCAUUUGGAAAGCGUAAAUAAAUGUUGUAAAUAUAGAAUAUUAGAGAAAUUGGAUGCUAAGUAAGAGAUUAUGA